AUGGUUGUUCUUGUUGUGGGAUUGUAUACACGGCGAUCUCGAGACGCGGCGGCGGCGUCGACGCGAGAACGCAUCCCCACAUGGUUCUUGUUGUGGUGGGAUUGUGUCUGCCCAGGCUGCCGACUCUAUGCAUCGCGCAGCUACGGCACCUGCAGCCGGAUUCGGCGAUCUUCUCAACCGUGGCCGUAUGCAGCGGCAUUAUUGGGAGACACGCGCCUUAACUUGUUGUUGAUCUUGAGGAUUGUGUCCGUCUUUGAUGCCGAUCUCGUCGAUGCAGUUCGGCCCCGGGUCGAGGAUUUCGUCGAGAAGAGAGUCGGCGGCCUUUUCAGCGUGAUGCGCAUCAUCACAAUGUCCUUCUCGACCACUGACAUCGGCCGCGCCGAUGGUGUUGUCAAGGAGAUACAACGAAUAGUGAAUCAAUUAAAGGUUGCCUAUGACAAGAGAGGUUAUCUUCUUGGAAGUUGCUCUCUCAAUUUGUGGGCUAACUACAAAAUUAGUCAAAGUUCAAUCAAGUUAUAUAAAAAGAUCAAUAACUUGAAGGCUGAACAUGAUGCUUUCAAAGAAAUAGAAGAGACACAACCUCCAAGAGCAGUUUUGGAGAUCGCUACUUCAGUGACUCUUGUGGGCAACACUAUCAAGCUAAAUCUUGAGAAAGUUCGUGGUUACUUGGUAAAUGACGAUGUAUCCAUGGUGGGGAUUUGGGGCAUGGGAGGGGUCGGAAAGACAACUCUCUUGAAUGAAAUCAAUAACUCAUUACUUGGUGGUGAUACUAAUCCGGGGUUCAAUUAUGUCAUCUCUUUGGAGGUUUCAAAAGAACCUCAAUUUGAGAAGCUUCAAAAUGAGAUAUCUAAAAGGUUAGGAUUGCCUUCUGACUCCAGGAAAAGUGACAUAUUUGAGUUUUUGAAAAAGAAGAACUUUUUGCUGCUAUUAGAUGAUAUAUGGAAGAGAGUGGACCUUCCUGAAGUCUUUGGUAUUCCACUUUCACUCCGUCAAAGCCAAAAUUCCGAAAAUGGAGGUCAAAGCUACAAGCGCAAGGUAAUCUUCACAACCAGAGAUGAUGAAGUGUGUGCUCAUAUGAAUGCUCACAAGAAGAUCAAAGUUGAAUGUAUGGAUAAAGAAGCAUGGCAUCUUUUCAAGCUGUUUGCAAAUGAAGAGAUCAUCAAUUCCAAUGAAAAUAUUAAAGAAUUGGCAAUGGAAGUUAUGGAGAAGUGCUCAGGUUUACCACUUGCCCUUAAAGUCAUUGGUCGAGCCACGUCGAAUAUGAAGACACCUGAAGAGUGGCGUCACAUGUUGAGGUCGUUAAUCAAGACUGUUAUUGGUAUCGAUGAAUCAUUGUUUCACAACUUAAAGGUCAGUUAUGAUAAUUUGGCCAAUGAUACUCUCCGACAAUGUUUCUUGUGUUGUGCUCAAUGGUGUGCAGGUGCAGACAUUGAAGUCUCUGAUCUCAUAGAGCAUUGGAUUUGGUGUGGAUUAAUCAGUGACUUUGGAAACAUGGGGGAAGCCUUUGACAAGGAAUAUUCUCUCAUUGCAAAAUUAAAUGAAGCAUGUUUGUUGGAGUUUUAUGAUAUUAAUGAAUAUUAUGUCAAAUUACAUGAUGUGAUUCGUGAUAUGGCACUGUGGAUUGUGUCUGAGUGUGGGAAGAAAAAGAACAAAUGGAUUAUUGGUGAAAGUGGUGAUAGUUUAAGACAAUUUUCAAAGUGGGAAGCAGGCAACUGGCAGGAGACAGAACUAAUAUCGUUCAAAGAUACUUUAUUUGGCAAUAGUCUCCUGAAAUUUUUAAGUGAUCAAAAUAUUGACGAAAAGGGCCAAGUUUCUGUUGCAGCAACUUCUCCUAGAUAUCCUAAUCUCCAGAGUUUAUUUAUGGCUGGAUCUUCUGACCGGGAAACAGGGGCCGAGGUGGUUAGAAACUUUUUCCCUCAUAUGCCAUCUCUCACACAUUUGAACUUAUCUGGGGCACCUAUCGCGGGUCUUUCAAUAGAAAUUCGAGCUCUAGUUAAUCUUCAAUACCUCAACAUCAGCCACUCAAGGAUUCGGUCACUUCCUCCUGAACUAGAAGAGCUGAAGUUGCCCGAGUUGCAAGUGCUAGAUCUUUAUGGAAAUACUUGUUUAGAAGCAGGUGACUUGAGGAUAUUGAUGGAUAGGAAGAGGAUUAAAGCGAUCAGUAUGGAUGUGAAAUCAGUCAAGAUUCUUCGACUUCUCAAAGAUUUUCCGAUUUGUUGUCCAAAAGUGAAGAAACUUCCUUUCAAGUCAUCCAUUGUCAAUACUAAAUUCGAACACGUGAUAAUUGGCCAAGAAUUGUGGGAGAGUUUGGAAUGGGAGGACACAACAAUCCGAUCUCACCUCAACAAGUUUCUUCAUAGGGGAUUUUGGAAUUGGGAGGGCACAAUAAUCCCAUCUCACCUCGACAAGUUCCUCAACGGCUCAACUGAGUAG